AUGUCUCUAUUAAUUCUAUCAUUUGACUCAUCAUCGGAUAAAAUUGGUACACAUCUUUAUAAUAUUUUAAACUCUACAUUAUCAUCAAAUUAUCCUCAUAUAGCAUCAUUAUGUACAUUCAAUCAAUUAUUUUCUUCAUCAGUAAAUGAUUAUGAAAAAAUCAUUAAUAAUUCUUUAAAAAUCGAUUCUUUAUCUCAUAAUGAUCUUCUUGGUUUUCUUAUUCUUAUUGAUAUUGCAACAACAAAUAAGUUACAUAUUGAUAAUCUUCCAUCUAUAACAUCACUACUUAUAUAUUUGAAUCAAAAACAUCCAUUUCAACAAAUUCUUACAUUUAUUAUUCAUGCUAGUUCAACAAAUCAAUUAUAUACAUCAUCAUUAACUUGUUUUAAUUUAAAUUUAAUUUUUUCUCAUAUAUAUUCAUUUGUAAAUGGAAUUAUUUUUAAUAAUAUUGAUAAAAUAGAUGAUUACGAAAAUUAUCAUAAAAUUAUUGCUAUACAAAUAUCUUCAAUAUUUCUUCCUGUUUCAUCUUUACGUGAAGAUAAAAAACGAGUGAAUAAAAGCGUUUGUAUCGAAUUUCUUCAAUUCAUUCAACAUUUACUUAAUAAUCCAAAUAAAAAAGUUCUUAUUAUGAUAACGAAUAAUUUAAAAAAAUUUUUUAAUCAAUCUUCUUAUGCAUCAUUAUUAAUUCAACGUGGAAAACCAUCAUUAACAAACAAUGAUAUACAAUUAAAUAAUUUAGAUAUAUGGAAUUCAUUAGAAAAAAAUCGUCAACAAUUACAAUCAACCUUAAUAUUAAAUAAUGAUCAAUUUAAUAGUAAUUUACUUGAUAAAUUAAUUCUACAACCAUAUUAUAAAAAAAUUCAUAUGAAUAAAGCUUAUUUAUAUUGGUUAAGAAAAAAAUUUGAUAGAAAUAAUAUUGAAGAACAAUUAAAACAAGGAAUUCUUUUAUGUGAAAAUAUUAUUUUAGAUAAAUAA